CACCGCUUCUUUUGGCUUACCAGUCUUUUGUCUUCUCAGGUUCCAUCCCUUCUUGUUAAACUCAACCUCAUCCUUCAUAAGUUAUUACUUUUGAGUAAGUUGGCUAAACACUACUAGUAAACCUUUCAGGUGAUUUUGAGAAAUACGCUUAAGGAAAAAGAUGAGUUGGAAUGGAGGAGAUUGGCUAUGCGGUGCGUGUCAGCACCCAAACUUCAAAAAACGAGAGUCAUGCCAAAAAUGCGGAUACCCCAAGUUUGGUGGGGUAGAUGUGUCAACGUACUUGUAUAACAGGACUGAAGUUAUGGCUGGUGAUUGGUAUUGUGGUGCAUUGAAUUGUGGGAGCCACAAUUAUGCAAGCCGCACUAGUUGCUACCGAUGUGGAAUGAUCAAAGUCGAGUACACAGAACAGUACUACGGAGCUCAAAUGGUUGCUUACGGGAAUGAUGGCGCGGCUUGUCCUCCCGGCUGGAAAACUGGCGAUUGGGUUUGUCCCAGAGUCGGCUGUGGGGUUCACAACUACGCAAGCAGGGCAGAAUGCUUCAAAUGCAAGACAACAAGAGAUUAUGGUGGCGUCUAGAUGGAAGAGAAAAGAGCUGAUGAAGAAUCACUUGUUUUAAUUGUAUACCUUACAACAAGUGUUAAAGUUUCUAACAUGCAUUGACGCCUUCUUACGCUGGCUUGAAAUUUUUCGAAACUCGUGCAAAUUAA